UGCAGCCGGUGUUUUUACGUUUUAGCGUGGUAACACUGUCUCUAUGUAAUCAAAAAUCAAAUUAAACGAACAGCCGUUUUGUUUUGAAAAUGCCAGGGUUAUGAAAGAAUUUAUUGAACUGUGUGCGAAUAUUUUAGAAACGACGUGAGUUAGUAUAAUUUUAAAUGAGAAUAUCAAUAGUAGUGAAAAUUGUGAGGAAACUACCAUCAUGGGGAAGGAUUUGGACGAAGUACGGAUUGGAAAAAUUGACGAUUGCGACUCUGAUAUUCGGAAGACAGGACAAGAAAUGGACAGUAUAAGACAACGAACAAUUGCCUAUGAAUAUUUAUGUCGAUUGGAAGAAGCAAAGACUUGGAUGGAAGCAUGUCUUAAAGAAAGUUUACCGCCAGCCACUGAAUUCGAAGAAAGCUUGCGAAACGGAGUUUAUUUGGCGAAAUUGGGAAAUUUUAUAUCUCCGGACUUACUGCCUCUAAAUAAAAUAUAUGAUAUUGACCAAAAACGAUAUAAGAUAAUGGGCCUCCAGUUCAAACACACUGAUAAUAUCAAUAAAUUCCUGCAAGUGCUGAAGAAAACUGAAUUGCCAGUGACUUUUCAGCCCGAAACAACUGAUAUUUACGAUAACAAGAAUAUGCCCAGAGUGAUAUAUUGUAUACAUGCUUUAAGUUCACAUUUAUUUAAGCUUGGAAAAGCUCCACUCAUACAUGAUGUAUUUGGCAAAGUUAUAUUCACAGAUGAAGAAAUUGACUCAGUCUCAAAAGACUUACAAAAAUGUGCACACCCACUCCCAAUGUUUCAAAAGAUAGGGGGCAUAUUGUCGAAAAAUAAUAGUAAUGGCUCUGAUGGUACUGCAAUGCAUGAUGCUGUUGUUGAGCUCAACAAUCUUUUAGACUCUGGUAAAUCCAUAACAUCUGCUAUUUUGAACCCACAUCUCAAAUUAAAACAUGUACAAAAUAGACUCAUAGAAGAAUAUAAGAAAGUAUUGAAAUCAGCCAAAGAUGAUAAAUCACAGGCUGCUAUGAAUCGUUCACUAAAUGAUAGCUAUAUCCCUGAUGAGUAUGAUGAGUUGCUCAAUGUUGUUGAAAUCCAAGGUUACAUUACUGCCGUUAAUUACAAAUAUUCAUGGAACAAGUUAUGUUUAGCAUCUCAAAAUGGUGAUGUUAAUGCCUUAGAUAAAAUAUUCAAUGAGAGUUGGGUAAAGACAAAGAAUUAUAAUCCCAAUAAUGUGGAUUUCUACUGUGAUGUUGUGAAAGAAAUAAAUGAAUACAACAAGGAUGUUGAUGUGGAGAGUGUUACUAAUUGGCAUAAAGUAUUCCAAAACAUUAUAAAUGAAGGGAAUCGGAAAUCACUUGAACAUACAGACCACAAGACUGCCAUUAAUGAUGUCAAUAAAGCUUUAGAUGAAGGCACACCAGAAGAUUUGUAUGUUGCAUUGAAUAACCCACAUUUAGAAAUAAACUUCAAAGUUAACAAGUAUGCCAUACCCCUUUUGUAUGAAGAAAUGAAAUUAGAGAAAUUCGAAUUGGAGAAAAAUUUAAAUGAAAGUGAAAUAGCAGCUUCUGUGUCGUAUCUUUUGACCAUAGCGUCGAUAUCGGAGGCUGUUGACCGAGGAGAUGACAAUGCUGUAUGGAACUACCUGAAUUCUAAUCAGCUACACUUGGAAGGCGUGCGGCCGCAUUGUCGCCGCCGGUACCUGUCUGCGUUGGCAACAGCAUUGCAAGUGAAGAUAAGGGAGCAAUGUGCAUGCCCAUUGUUAACUCUGGAUGAUAUUAGGGACUCCAUAGAUAUGGUCAAUAUGAGAGAUGAUGAUAAUGAGGAAUUGGUCUCAGUAAUAGAGCAUAUCAACAAGGCAGUAAUUGAAGAAGACUCGGACACAUUACUGAUCCUACUCAAGCACUCUUGCCUAAAAUUGGCCACACCUUUACAUAAAGAGGAAAGUCAUCUAUAUUUACGAAUGCUGAAAAAAUUACUUGUUCAAAAAGAAUCCCAAAAUCUGUGGCUUGAUGAUAUUGUUGAGAUAGUCAAUGAAGUUAAUUCAGAAUCCGAAAAUGUAAAGGAGCUAACUGAAUCAUUAGUUCAGUUAAAUUUAGCAGUUAUGAAGAAUAAUGUGGAGGAAUUUUGGAAUGCUCUUAUGCAGCCUGUUUUAUCUAUCUCUGGAAUGAUUGAAAGCACUUGCAAAGAUGUUUAUUUUCAAAUGUUUUCUAAGGCCCUAAAAAAGAAGGGUCAUCAUAUUUGUCCUUGGAUCGUUUGCCAUACUAAUGCUGGUAAUACAGUAUACAUUGAUGUUGAAUCCUACACUUACUGUUGGUCAACCCCCAAGGAUUUCGUACCUUAUGCCCGUUAUUUGACCAGAAGGGAUGUCAAAAGCAUAAUUGACAAAACUAACAAAAAUCACGUAAAUAAGUACAUGCAAAUGGUAAUAGAGAAAGCUGUUGUAAAACUUCAAGCUUACUGUAGAGGCUACCUCAUCAGAAAAGCUAUUGCAAACAGACUUCAGUUUUUCAAAGACAAUGAAGAAUACAUAAUAAAAAUCCAGGCAUGGUGGAGGAAGGCCAUUAUUGAGAAAAAAUAUGGAACCUUAAUAAAAAUGAAGGCUAUUGAAGCUAAGUUGAAAAGGGAAAGAAAAGAAAACCCAUGGGCAUGGUAUAAAGUUCAGGAGCCGAAAAUAAUCAAAAUUCAAGCACUUUGGAGAGGCCGCCGUGCCCGCGAGGCUUUCACGUCUUUGUUUUACUCUGCUAAUCCUCCACUAAAAGUUGUUAAGAAAUUCAUUCCUAUGUUAGAUUUUUCUACUGAGGAUUACGAUAGAGAAAUCGAGUUACAAACUUUGAAAUCUGAAGUGGUUCAAUCUAUUAGGAAAAAUCAAGAACUAUCUAAGCAACUUGAUGAUAUGGAUCUGAAAAUUGGUCUUCUUGUGCAAAACCGCAUCGCUUUACAAGAAGUAGCUGCACAUGGCUUGAAGUUAAAUAAUUUAGUCAAACACAAUUCUAUGACGAAACUUGUGCUAGAGAAACACCCUGAUGGCAAAGGUACUUUAAUGACAGUUUCGACUGCAGUAAAGGGCCUGAAAUCACUCACCAAAGAAAGUAAACGACUGUUAGACGGAUACCAACAUUUGUUUUAUGAACUGCAAACGAAUCCAACCUAUCUUUCAAAACUUCUUUUCUGUAUUCCACAAAACAAAACGAAUUUCUUUUUACAAAAUGUUGUUUUAAGUUUAUACAAUUUCGGUGCAUAUGCCAGGGAUGAGUAUUUGUUGCUGAAAUUAUUCAGAUUUACUCUAGAAGAAGAAAUAAGUUGUAAAGUUGUUAAGCCCUUCGAUAUAAUUGCGUCGACUCCAUUGGUGCUUAAAAUGGCUGUAAGCCUGUCGAGGCAGCUGUCUGGGCUGAACAGCCUGCAAACCAUUAUUGGACCCCUCGUUAACAAAAUGCUGCAAGAUAGAGACCUUAAUAUAGAAACAGGACCCAUUGAAAUUUACAAAGCUUGGAGAAAUGAGACAGAGAUGAAAACCGGUCAAAUAUCGAAACUGCCAUACAGUGUAAGCCAAGAAGAAGCACUAACAUUUCCUGAAGUAAAGUCUCGGCUUGAGAAAGCUCUUACUCAGCUCAAAUCCAUAGUCACCAUGUUUCUGGAUGAAAUCAUUAAUUCCACCGAAUUAUUACCAUUUUGUAUAACGUAUAUGGCUCGAGUUUUACACAGAGCUCUUACUUCAAAAUUUCCUCAUACUCCCGAAAAGGAUAUAUUAAAAGUGAUCGGGAAUCUCGUCUACUACCAAUUUCUGAAUGCAGCGAUAGUAGCUCCCGACGCGUUCCACAUCAUCAAUUUACCGAAUGGUACCUGCCUAACUACAGAUCAACGCAAGAAUCUUGCUUCAGUGGCUAAAAUCCUGCACUUUUCCGCUGCGAAAAAAGGAUUUGGAGAGGAAUCGAGCCAUUUACGCUGCCUUAAUCCGUUUAUUGUGGAGUGUCAUGAGAAAAUGAAAGAGUUAUUCCGUCGCUGCUGUCGUGGACCUACUUUAGAAGAGUAUUUUGCUGUUGACGAGUACACAGAAGCCACGAUGCUACAUCAACCACACAUUUAUAUCACAGUUCAGGAAAUUGUUGACACACACGCACUUCUAAUAGAAUAUCAAGACAUAAUAGCGUCCGAUCCUCGGGAUCGGCUUAACGAUCUGCUUGACGAUUUGGGAGAAGUACCUUCAGUGGCUCAGCUGGCGUCCAGAGAUGUUGAUACUCUAAUGGGAGACACGACAGAAGAGAACGCGAGGCUCGAGGUAUGCUUAGCGCUUACGAAUAAAUUCCAGGCGCCUGCCGACGACAUGACUGACUUAAACAAACUCUUCAUUAAAACUAAGGAGUUGUGUGUUUCUAUUAUUCCAUUUUUGAAUGGUGAACAUCUUUUGGAAGCCUUAUGUAUAGGCACAACAAAAGCCCAGCAAGAUCAAUAUGCUGGUAGGAUACAAAAACGUAUCUACUCUGGUCAGGCUCGUCAAGACGAAGUUAUGACUUUACGGGAGCAUAUAGCUAAACUACGUAAGAAUCUUCAAAUGCUUGAAGAUGAGGGCUAUGUGACUAGAGAAGACGGUUACCAGGCUCUAGUGACUUCUAUUGCCCUUGAUCUAUGCAAUAAGGGCAAGUAUAGACAGGCACAAAGAAGAGCUUUGGCAACACUGACCCGAACCAAACAAAGUUUACAAGAAAAAACUAAGUAUUAUGAAGAGAAAUGCAAAUCUUAUGAUCAGUACAUAAAAUCUUGUCUUGCUAAUCUACACACCGGCAAAAAAAGUGUUCAUGCUUGCUUAAGAAGAUCAGGCAAAGAUAUGCAGAAAUUGAAAUCCAAAUUAACUGUGAAGUAUUCUGGUGCCAAAUUGUUGGAGAGAGGGGUUCUACUAGAAAUUGAUGGACUAUCAACAUCCCAAUUCAAAAAUGUUCAGUUUGACAUUACACCAACCGACCACAAUGGAGUUUUCACCAUUAAAGGAAAGUUUAUGGGUGUUGAAAUGGAAUCUAUUGAAGUUGACAUACAAGAUCUACUUCAAAAACAAUAUGAAGGUUGUGCUGUUAUGGACAUGUUUGGAAAAGCUAAAAUUAAUGUGAAUCUUUUGAUAUUCUUAUUGAAUAGUAAGUUUUAUGGUAAGUUUUAGUUUUUAUUGCACUUGAUUUCAUAGACGCAGUUGUUUCGUAACUAAUUGUACGGUUGAACCGACGCGACGGGUGGGCGAUCCACUCUUUGACUAUCAACUCAAUGCUAAUGCAGGAGUUCCUUGAUUAUUUGUUGAUUAUUACAAAAAAAAAAAAAAAAACUGUUUUUGGUGUUGAUUGCCUGGCGAGCCUCCAAUUUUUAUUAUUUAUUUUUUGUGUUAGCAUGACUGUGAAUGUUUGAUGAUGCAUUCAGCAAAUUUUGAUAAAUAAUUAUUUUGUAUUUCCAUUGUCUAUGAAAUCUCAUAUAGGAUAUAACUGUCUUAUUAAGAUUUGAUUAUUUUUGACCUUAGUUUUAAAAUCCUGAUGCAGACAAGAGUCUGAGAAUGUACUUAACACCAAAAGUUCAAAAUUCCCAUGAAGUAUUAAAAUACCAAAUAUUGUUACUAAUAUUAUUGACUACUUAGUAAUAAGUCACAUUUGCUUAAUUACAAAUUAACAUUAUUGGUCACAAAGUUUUCUGUAAUUUUAAUAAUUUAUUAAUUAUUACUAAUAUAGUUUUAAAAUAAUAAUAUUAUUUAAGUAUCUCAUUUUUGUGAGACAUUUUUUUUAAUACUCUAAAAUCUGUUAAUUAAUAUUUUUCGUUACAAUAAGGUUCCUCUAGCUUAGAUGAACAUCGUUUAAUACAAUAUCAUCACCAUUUUUAGAUGAUUAAUGUGUUAUAGCCAUCAAAAAGGAUUUUUUGUCUAAAACUGUUAAUAUAAUAAUCAGACUUCCAUUUUAAAAAAUCAUUAAAAUUGUUAAACGUGUAAGGAAAUUCACACGGAGACUUAUUUGAUUGUGCCUAUCCUUAUAAUGUAGGUACCUAUUGUAACCUUUGAUAUCCUUACUACUAUGAAAUCACUUUGAGGUUACCCAUUAAUAAAUUAAAUUGAAAUAAACUGUGAUAAAACUCAUAAUUAUGAAUUGGAAAGCUAAACACUACUUUUAACAUUUGUACCUUCAAAAAACAAUGCAAUUGUAUAUAACAAUCAAUUUAAGUAUUCUUAUAAUUUUUUAAUAAUAAACGAGGCUGACAAGUAA